UUCUAUACUCAAUACUCUCACCCUUUCUUCCAUCUCAUGGCAUCCUCCUCUUCCUUCCUCUAUGAUGUGUUCCUCAGCUUCAGAGGCACUGAUACUCGCUACGGUUUCACCGGAAAUCUCAACAAAGCUCUUCGUGAUAAGGGAAUUUCCACCUUCAUUGAUGACAAGGAGCUUCAGAAAGGAGGAGAAAUCACGACAUCACUUCUCGAGGCUAUUCAACAGUCCAGAAUUGCCAUCAUUGUGCUCUCUGCUAACUAUGCAUCUUCUUCAUUUUGCUUAGAAGAACUCUCCAACAUCAUUCACCAUAUUAAUAAUAUAGAGAGUCGGAAGGUUUUUCCAAUAUUUUAUAAGGUGGAUCCUUCUCAUGUGCGUAAACAGACAGAGACUUUUGGAAAAGCAUUGGUUGAUCAUGAAGAGAAGUUCAAGGCUAAUAAGGAUAAGUUAGAGGAUAACAUGAAGAGGUUGCAGAAAUGGAGGACGGCUCUGGAGCAAGUAGCUAACUUAUCUGGCUUUCAUUUCAAAGAUGGGGAUGAAUAUGAACACAAGUUUAUUGAGAACAUUGUCAAAGAGGUCUCCAAGAAUAUUAAGCGUGUUCCUUUACCUUUUGCCAAUCACCCAAUUGGACUGGAGUCUCGAGUAGAAGAAGUAGUAAAGUUGCUUAUGGAUGCCGGAUCUAAUGAUGGGGUCGACAUGGUAGGGAUCCAUGGAAUUGGUGGAGUAGGAAAGACGACACUUGUUCUAGCAGUUUAUAAUUUUGUUGCUGAAAAUUUUGAGGGUUUAUGUUUUCUUCACAAUGUGAGAGAAAAUUCAAACACACAUGGUGGGUUACGACAUCUCCAAGAAAUCCUUCUUGGAGAAAUGUUUGGAGGGGGGGAAAUUAAGUUAGCAAGUGUUUUACAAGGAAGUUCAGAAAUACAGCGUAGACUCCGAGUAAAGAAGGUUCUCUUGAUUUUAGAUGAUGUUGAUAAGCCGGAGCAGUUACAGGCUCUCGCCGGAAGUCCUGAUUGGUUUGGUCCCGGGAGCAGAGUCAUCAUCACAACUCGUGACAAACAGUUGUUAGCAUGUCAUGAGGUUAAAAAAACAUAUGAGGUGAAUGGGUUGAAUGGAAAAGAUGCUCUUAAACUGCUCAGUUGGAAAGCUUUUAAAACCCACGAAGUUGAUCAAAGGUUUAACAACAUUUUAAACCGUGCAUUAACUUUUGCUGCUGGCCUUCCAUUGGCUUUGGAAGUUAUAGGUUCCAGCUUGUUUGGAAAAAGUGUAGAUGAAUGGAAAUCUGCAUUAGACCGGUAUGAAAGAAUCCCUAUAAAAGAGAUCCAAAAGAAACUUGAAGUAAGCUUUGAUGCUUUGGAGGAAGAAGAGAAGAGUGUUUUUCUUGACAUUGCUUGUUGCUUCAAAGGAUAUCUAAUGACAAAGGUCCAAGAUAUACUUUGUGCUCAUCAUGGUCACUGCAUGAAAUAUCAUAUUCAAGUGUUGAUUCAAAAGUCUCUCAUAAAGAUUGGUUAUGAUUGGCAUAGUAAGGAGGAGGUGGUGACUCUACAUGACUUGAUAGAGGACAUGGGUAAAGAAAUUGUCCGACGGGAAUCACCGAAUAAUCCUGGGGAACGUAGUAGGUUAUGGGUCGAUGAAGAUAUAGUUGAUGUCUUAGAAGAAGAUAAGGUGAAAUAUCUUGCCCCUAUACCAAGUAGCAUUGUCAAUAUGCAAGAACUAGCUGUGAUUUGGGGUUUCGAUUGGGAAUUGGGUUCAUUGCGAGAAGUGGGCUCAAUGGUGUCUUCUUCAAACGUAGAAUGUCUCUUUCUCUUGGACUGCAACGUGUCAGAUGAAUUUCUUGCAAUUGGUCUCACCUGGUUUGCUAAAGUUAAAAAAUUAUACCUACCUCGCAAUAAUUUGACAAUUAUUCCUGAAUGCAUCAAAGAAUGUCGCCUUUUAACGACGCUUAAUAUGGAUUAUUGCAAGAGUCUUCGGGAAAUUGGAGGGAUUCCGCCAAAAUUAAGGCGUUUCUCUGCAAGAUACUGCUCAUCCUUGACUUCCGAGUCUAUAAGCAAGUUAACGGAUCAGAAACUUCAUGAGGCUGCAAACACCAGGUUUCGUUUGCCUGGAACUAUAGGGAUUCCAGAGUUGUUUGAGCACAUCAACAGCAGGGGACGGUCAAUUUCAUUCUGGUUUCGUAACAAGUUCCCUACCAUAGCUAUCUGUCUUGUUAAUGUUACCUACUAUCGGGUUACCGUGGUCAUCAAUGGCAACAACAGUGGUUUCAUAGCUCCUUGGCUUCGUAUGUCACCUAAUCAUACAUAUCUUUUUGGUAUGCAACCAAAAGAUAUUCAUCGGGAUGGAGUGACUUUAAAAAAUGAAUGGAACCGUGUGAAGGUUACAUGUCGAUCCUUCCGAAAACGUGAUAAUAAUGGCGAAAUAGGAAUCCAUGUAUUCAAAGAGAAAAAUAGCAAGGAGGAUAUUCUAUUCAGUAAUCCUUGUCCUGAAUCCAAUUCAGAGGAUGGUGACAUUGGAGAUGAAGAAACAUUGUAUGAUUCUUACAGUGAAGACUCAUUGUAUGAUUGUCACAGUGAAGACUCAUUUUACGAUUCUGACAGUGAAGACUCAGAGGAUACAAGAGAAAGAGGACUUGAUUCUGACGGGGAAGAAUCACUCGUUCAGAGGAAGAGAAGGAAAACACAUGGGUAGAACCGAAGAAGGAAGCAAUAGACAUGAAAAUUUCUGGAACGUGAUUUGUUCAACAGCAACAACAUAUGGAACUGGGCUUGCUGUUGUUUUCCUUUCUUCCUGCACAAGCAAUGCAGUCAGCUGGAUGAUAAUGUGAAUUAGGAUUCACCUUCAAUGGCAUUUUCUGAAGAGUUGUGAUUCAGGAUUCUACAAUGACAAGCUUGGGUUUGGAUACACUGGUGAUGGAGGAACCACAACUGAUAUUAAAUAUAAGGGACUGGAAAAUGAUGCUGAGUCAGCAGGUGGUCUGUUGGAAGAGAAUAUUCCAGAAAGGUGGCUCAAUAGAAUUCAGUUAAGGGCUUGGAAUGUAGCGGGAAGAAUGAAGGAUAAAUAUAGACAGCAUGGAAGGGUCUGAUCAUCGGGAAUCUUUGGUUUGGGCUGGAAUUGGGAGAGACUCAGAGCCUCUCUAAGUGCUCUAUGUUAUCUGAGUCUUUUUCCUUCAAUUUCUUGUAUUUUCCUUUACAAUUCAGAGCUUCUCUGUAAUCAUUUCAAUACUGUUGAUGGAUGGAUAUUGCAUUUAGUUUCCAUAUCAGAAUUUAAGUUCCCCUUUCUGUUUGUUACUUUUGUGUUGAGAAUUGUGGAUCACUAUCAGAUUCACACAUGGAGAUGUACUUUGAGGCCAGUGAGCAAUGCUGCAAUGCUGUUAUACCCUCCGGAG